CCAACACUCACCAAGUGAACGUCACACAGUCCUUCAUGUCUGGUUUGAGUUUGACCUGUUCGUACUGUCACAAACAGCUCUCUUUCCUCGACCCAUCGAGAUGAAACUCGACACGAAGUCCCUCCGGUACUUGAAUCCGACCGAUUGGCGAGUCCUCACCGCAGUCGAGACCGGUAGCCGAAAUCAUGAGGUCGUCCCUACUCCUCUGAUUGCGAAUCUCUCCAAGUCCACCGUCGGCGAUGUCCAACGCAGUAUCUCUCUUCUUGCAAAGGCGAAUCUGAUCGCCAAAGUUAAAAACGCAAGCUACGACGGCUACAGAUUGACUUACGGCGGUCUGGACUAUCUUGCCCUCCACUCUCUCCAGAAAAAUGGCGUGGUGUACAGCGUGGGCAAUCAGAUCGGAGUGGGAAAAGAAAGUGAUAUUUUUGUCGUCAGCGACGACAAGGGCGAGCAACGGGUGCUGAAAAUUCACCGACUGGGCCGCGUCAGUUUCAAGAAGGGCGUCAGAAAUAAACGAGAUUACGCACGCACCAAACAACAGAGGGAAAGAGGAGCCGGCAGCUGGAUGUACAUGUCAAGACUUGCCGCAGUCAAGGAAUAUGCCUUCUUACAAGCACUAUACGAUGCCGGUCUCAGUGUGCCUGUGCCGCACGGCCAAAACCGCCAUCAGUUAGUGAUGCAGUUGAUCGAUGGCUUCCCAUUACGACAAAUUGACCAAGUCCCCGACCCCGCGGGGCUGUAUGCAGACUUGAUGGAGUUACUCGUUCGCUUAUGCUCGCUCGGUCUGAUCCACGGUGAUUUCAACGAGUUCAACAUCCUCAUCAAGGAAGAGGCAACCCGAGACGAGGACAUAAAACUCAUACCUGUCCUGAUUGAUUUCCCCCAGAUGGUUAGCGUGGAUCACGCCAAUGCCGAAUUCUACUUUGACAGAGACGUCGCUUGUGUGAAGCGAUUCUUCGAGCGGAGGUUCGGAUUUGUGAGCUCAGAGCCAGGCCCUUACUUCGAAGCUUCCAAAGCCCUGGUCGGCAAGGACGGAGCGAGACGACUUGAUGUCGAAGUGGAGGCGUCGGGAUUCUCUCGCAAGAUGGCCAAGGAUCUCGAGGCGUACAUGAAGGAGCACGGCAUCGAUGGCGACGCUGAAACCGCCGAGACACAUGGGUCGAACUCUGACCACUCGCAGGAUGAAGAUGAGGACGACGACAACCACGAAAACGACCACGAUGAUGAUCGCAAUAAUCACGAGAUCCUUCCAGACGAGACGCCCUCCGGCAGUGGCUGAUUUGUGAAAGGCAACAUCCCUGUCCGGCCGAUACGAUGAACCUUUUGACACCACGAUACGGAGUGUUCACGUUACAAUCAGUGAUCACGACCCAUUUUGAGGUCACAUGAAACUGGAGGGAUCAUAAGGCUUAUGCCUCCGCCCAGGCGAACCAACAACAAAAGCGCAUUCUGCCUCGCCUCGUCUGGCAAAAUGCUUGGACUGAUCCAACGUCCUGUUCUAGACGGACAUCCGCGGGAUGGCGGGAGUCAACAACGACUACUUCCAUGACGAUGGCGACCAAAUAUGGUUAGAUGCGUGACCAAAGUUGAAACCUCUGUCUAAGCGAGGUUCAACAACCCUAACGCCCGUCUCCACAGGCUCGCAGCGUUGGGUCAACAACCGGCUCCUCUAGACUCUUGGCAGCUUCAGAUUCAGGUUUGCAGCACUAGCCCACGACUAGGCAAGCAAGAAGUGACGAUAUUCCCCUGCUACAGUAUGGCGUGUUAUCAUACAUGUGAAACGUUCAGAACCGUUUUGGUCAAGCAAGUGCAAGAUUGGUCUCCACCGAUGGGGUUCAUGGAUGGAGUUCAUGCAAGAAGCAAGAAACUUUGCACGAACAGGUCGAGGUUGUUGCCACCGCCGGGAACUGCUUUUGAGAAGCAACUACUGCCACCACCCACAGUAGACCGCAUAAGCCUGAGAACCAAAAGCAAUAAGACCGUUGAACAUGAGUUUAAGGUUUUGAUAUCCUCCGACGUGGCCGUUCAGGGUCUGGGUCUGGAGUCGACAUGCCUCGAGCACAACUUUCUUAUUGCAGAUCAUGGAAGCUAAUCGAGAUCGGGUUGCCUUGACAGGAGUGACAGCAUUACAGGAUAAUAGAGUUGAAGUGGCAUUAAAAGCUCCGAAACCAUGCCUAGACGGUGGACGAUUGGCAACGGGUUGACCCAUGGGCAGCUCAAAACAUCGAACGACGAUCAAUACCCAGUCUUGAAACCCUACCACACGUGCGUGGCUGUUGUACUGAAUUUGUCGUUGCUGUCUGCCUUUUUUGGUUCGUGGAUGAAUAUUGUUCAGGACAUGGUGUCUGGGCAGUUCUGGGGUGGAUAUCACGAAUUGGGACAUGGCGACCCUCAGAGUUGACUAUAACAAGAUGAGGUUGCAGAGUGACGAUGCAGUGAUGAGCAGUGUUAGGAAACACUGAGAACAAUCAGACCAUGCCAACCUUGCCAUCCUGUCCAACCGAGCCAAACUAUUCAAAAU